UCUUCCUUUUAGUUCGGUCUGCCUCUCAGAGCGGUGACUGGAAAUAACACACGGGGAGGCGGUCGAAAGGCAAAUGUCCAAAAAGAAUGUGCUGUGGUUAUGAUUCACCUGGAAGCCACAUUUUGAUCAGAUUUAUAAAACCAGACAACAUUGAGCCUAUCGGGUUCUUUACAGUAAUGGGGACGCUAAAAGAACGCAAUAUCAAAUGGACUUGGUCGACGGUAUUUGAAUGAGUCCAGAAUAAUUUCUACUGGUCUGAAAGAAAAUAUCGUUCAUGUGUUCAAGCCUGGUGUUGAUUCCGUCUACCAGCCCUGGUGAGUUGCUGCUGUAUCGUGGGACGACAGUGAUUAGAGCGGACGGACGUGGUUCGUUCCAGAUCCACACGAGUAGAAGUUUAGCGCCGUGAUUUAUUUAUUUUUUGCCCGUGUGUUAGUGCAAAGAGCCGCAUCUAUAUUUCCCUAAUGAAAAUUACUCGUUGGAACGGUUCCCGGGUCGUGACAGAGAUUAUGUCGAGUAAAAGUGUGGAAUGGCUUCAAGAGGAACUUGAGUCCGGGCUCGGGGUGAGCUCGCUACUGCUGCUGGACUGCCGAUCUCACGAACUCUACGAAUCAUCACACAUAGAGUCGGCCAUCAAUCUGGCGAUUCCCGGUUUGAUGCUGCGGAGACUAAAGAAGGGGAAUCUACCGAUCCGGUCCAUCAUCCCCAACAACGAGGAUAAGGAGAAAUUCGUGAAGCGGUGCAAGACGGACAUGAUUCUUCUCUACGACGAGGCCACUACGGACUGGCAGGAGACCGGGCUGGUGAGCUCUGUCCUCGGCUUACUGCUGCAGAAGCUCCGGGACGACGGUUGUAAGGCUUUUUACCUGGAAGGUGGUUUCAACAAGUUCCAGACAGACUACCCAGAACACUGUGAGAUCAACCUUGACUGUUCCUGCCCCAGCAGCUCCCCGCCCGCGUCCGUCCUCGGUCUGGGUGGGCUGAGGAUCAGCUCGGACUGUUCUGAUGGGGAGUCAUCGGACAGAGAGCCGGGCAGCGCUACCGAGUCCGAGGGAAGCCCACUUCCCAACAACCAGCCUGCCUUCCCGGUCCAGAUCUUACCGUACCUCUACCUGGGCUGUGCCAAAGACUCCACCAACCUGGACAUCCUGGGGAAGUAUAAUAUUAAGUACAUCCUGAACGUCACGCCCAACCUGCCCAACAUGUUUGAACAUCACGGAGACUUCAAGUACAAACAGAUCCCCAUCUCCGAUCACUGGAGCCAAAACCUCUCGCAGUUUUUCCCAGAGGCCAUUUCUUUCAUUGAUGAAGCUCGCUCCACAAAGUGUGGUGUUCUGGUGCACUGCCUGGCGGGGAUCAGUCGCUCGGUAACGGUCACCGUGGCCUACCUGAUGCAGAAGCUCAACCUGUCGCUCAACGACGCCUACGACUUCGUCAAACGCAAGAAGUCCAACAUCUCGCCCAACUUCAACUUCAUGGGUCAGCUUCUGGAUUUUGAGAGAACGUUGGGGCUCAGUAGCCCAUGUGACAACCACACCUCCACCAAUGACCAGCUGUUCUUCACCACGCCAACCAAUCGUAAUGUGUUCCAGCUCGACACGCUGGAAUCUACAUGAAAGCCGGGGGAGGGGCGAGACUUGAGCGGCCAACUUGGAUGUGAAUGUUUAUCUUCUGAUCGUCAGAGGCUGGCUGGCUUUGACAGCGGAUAGUCUGGGAUGGUGGAUGGACAUGGGAAGAGGACAGGGGCAGAACAGACGCCAAAUAGAAGUCUGUCUGGCUUGUUGAAUCAUUCUCAGAGAGGAAGAGGAGGAAGUCUGUCUGGCUUGUUUAAUCAUUGGUCUCUCAGAGAGGAAGAGGAGGAAGUCUGUCUGGCUUGUUGAAUCAUUGGUCUCUCAGAGAGGAAGAGGAGGAAGUCUGUCUGGCUUGUUGAAUCAUUGGUCUCUCAGAGAGGAAGAGGAGGAAGUCUGUUUGGCUUGUUUAAUCAUUGGUCUCUCAGAGAGGAAGAGGAGGAAGUCUGUCUGGCUUGUUGAAUCAUUCUCAGAGAGGAAGAGGAGGAAGUCUGUCUGGCUUGUUUAAUCAUUGGUCUCUCAGAGAGGAAGAGGAGGAAGUCUGCUCUGCUGGUUCAUCUCCACAGCGGUCUGGGAAGCGCCUUAUCUUGUCAUCUUUUUGACCAGCCUGUUAUUUUAUGUCUAAGGAAGGAAGUCCUAGAUGUAGACUGAUUCAUACAGAACAGAACCGUACAGAGAAUCAUACAAAGAUGGGUGACACAGAUAGAUGGAUCUGCCUGCAGUUGAUUGAUUGAUUGAUUGAUUGUUGUCCUCUUGGACAAGCUCCUCGUCAACAACGUUUUGAUGGUGAUGAUGAUGAUGAUGAUGAUGAUGGUGAUGAUGAUGAUGAUGAUGAUGAUGAUGAUGAUGAUGAUGAUGAUGAUGAUGAUGAUGAUGAUGAUGAUGCCAAUGUGUUGGAGGGUCCUGGAUUCACCCGUAUGGAGCUGGUCUCCCUCUAUUGAAUGUUGGUCAAAUUUUUUAACAAACUUAAGUUAUUAUUAAAACGAAACACAAGUCUGUUCAAGUGAUGCUAAUAGCAAUGUAAUUACAAGUACGUAUUAUCAGUAUGAAUGUAUGUAUGUAUGUAUGCAUUUGUAUAUUUGAAUAUAUUUACACACAAAUGCAUGUAUGUCUACUGCUAUACUCUUACCUGUACAAAAACACACUAACAGCCGAAGGAGAUAGUAUAACUAAAGAGAAAACAGAUCAACAGAAAAUAACUUUUUGAUAAUAUUCUGGUUGUUUUUGUAAUUUCUUUUCUAUAUUUGUAAAGAUGACCUAAUGCAGUUUGCACAGUGGUGAAGCCUAUCGUUUCUUGGCACUUGAGAGAGCGAGAGAGACAUUGAGAGAGAGAGACAUUGAGAGAGAGAGACAUUGAGAGAGCGAGAGAGAGACAUAGAGAGAGAGAGAUUCAGAGAGGAACAUUCAGAGAUUGAGGGACAUUCAGAGAUUGAGAGAUUCAGAGAGGAACAUUCAGAGAUUGAGGGACAUUCAGAGAAGAAGAGAGGGCCAUUCAGAGAUUGAGAGAAGAAGAGAGGGACAUUCAGAGAUUGAGGGACAUUCAGAGAUUGAGAAGAAGAGAGGGACAUUCAGAGAUUGAGAAGAAGAGAGGGACAUUCAGAGAUUGAGAGAAGAAGAGAGGGACAUUCAGAGAUUGAGAGAAGAAGAGAGGGACAUUCAGAGAUUGAGAGAAGAAGAGAGGGACAUUCAGAGAUUGAGAGAUUCAGAGAGGGACAUUCAGAGAUUGAGAGAAGAAGAGAGGGACAUUCAGAGAUUGAGCUGGGUGAAGCACUUAAUUUAAAGUUUAUUGAUCCUUAAUUGUAUAUGAAAGAUAGAAUGCACUCCAAAUGUCCCCCCUACUUCCUACAUCAGGGACAUUCAACUCUGACCCUACGAGGUCCGCAGCCUGUUCGUUUUUUAUCUGAUAACGAAUUGCACACCUGGUGUCCCAGGACUAAAUAAUUCCCUGAUUAGAGGGGAAACAAUGAAGAAAUGCAGUGGAACUGUCUGCCAGAGUUGAGUUGGAGAGCCCUACGUAGUGCACUACGGAGGGAGUAGGGUUCCAUAGGGCUCUGGUCUAAAGUAGUGUACUACGGAGGCAAUAGGGUUCCAUAGGGCUCUGGUCUAAAGUAGUGCACUACGGAGGGAGUAGGGUUCCAUAGGGCUCUGGUCUAAAGUUGUGCACUACGGAGGGAAUAGGGUUCCAUAGGGCUCUGGUCUAAAGUAGUGCACUACAUAGGGAAUAGGGUUCCAUAGGGCUCUGGUCUAAAGUAGUGCAUUAUAUAGGGAAUAGGGUUCCAUUUGGGACAUAGAUCAUUAUUUUGGUUUAAGAUCCCAACAUCCUCUGAAAGAGUUUUAAUCGUGGGAACAAUCCCCCUGCAAGCCAUGGUUAUAUUAUACAUAUUAUAUUCCUCUAAAUUAUUUUAUUAUAUUAGGAACAAAAGAUGAGCUCAGUUCUCUACAUGAGCAUGCUACUGUGUGCUCUCUACCGGUGGGGUGGUGGGUGACUACACAGGGAAAGGGUUGGUUGUGAAUAGGUUUGAAAAUGUUUCUACAUUUCUAGGUUUUCCAAAAAUCCCGUUUUGGAGAUUUCCAUGUUGAGAGAACAAGCGGAACAUCCAGGAAUCUUUCUUCUAGGUUUCCUGGAAAACCUGGAAUUGUAGAAAAUGGCUGUAAUUUUGCACCCCUAGUCUGGAGGUUGUUGGUUUAUUUACCAGUUGGAAGACGGACGAUGACAUCAGUUUUUUUUUUUUACUACUAUUACUGCUGUCUGUCUGUCUGUCUGUCUGUCUGCCUGUCUGUCUGUCUGCCUGUCUGCCUGUCUGCCUGUCUGCCUGCCUGCCUGUCUGCCUGUCUGCCUGUCUGUCUGCCUGCCUGUCUGUCUGCCUGUCUGCCUGUCUGCCUGCCUGUCUGUCUGCCUGUCUGCCUGUCUGUCUGUCUGUCUGUCUGUCUGCCUGUCUGCCUGUCUGCCUGCCUGUCUGCCUGUCUGUCUGUCUGCCUGUCUGCCUGUCUGCCUGCCUGUCUGUCUGCCUGUCUGCCUGUCUGUCUGUCUGCCUGCCUGUCUGUCUGUCUGUCUGCCUGUCUGCCUGUCUGCCUGUCUGCCUGUCUGCCUGCCUGCCUGUCUGCCUGUCUGCCUGUCUGUCUGCCUGUCUGCCUGUCUGCCUGUCUGUCUGUCUGUCUGUCUGCCUGUCUGCCUGUCUGCCUGUCUGCCUGUCUGUCUGUCUGUCUGUCUGCCUGCCUGCCUUCCUGUCUGUCUGUCUGUCUGUCUGUCUGUCUGUCUGUCUGUCUGUCUGUCUGUCUGUCCGUCUGCCUGCCUGUCUGUCUGUCUGUCUGUCUGCCUGCCUGUCUGUCUGUCAGGUAUAGACCCCGUUCACACCGAGGACUCUCUUAGGUCUGUAAUCUGUACGGCUGAAAGUUGUGUGACCUAAAUGAAAGGUCAUUCCCCAUUGAGCCGACGUACGCAGCAUUGACCGUGAAUAGAGUCUCUGCUAACACGGGAACGUUGCCUUUUACUUUUCAACCACGCCGGACUUCAGCCAUACAGAUUGAACCCAGACCUUUAGGUCACACAACUGAUGUACAACGCAUUUGACACAACGGUUGUGAUACAAUUUAUAUAUGUUUUCUAAUACUUCAAUCUUCUGUUGUAUCACAACCGUUGUACCAAAUGUGUUGUACACCAGUUGUACGACUCGAGUGUGGGGUCAUAUAGAGGAGAGGAAGGUUGUUAGCAUUAGCUAUUAUAAGAGGUUAUAAGCUGUAGCUGUUAUAAGCUAUAACUAUAUCUAUUAUAAGUGGUUAUAAGCUCUAGCUGUUGGAAGAGGUUAUAAGCUCUAGUUGUUGGAAGAGGUUAUAAGCUCUAGUUGUUGGAAGAGGUUAUAAGCUCUAGUUGUUGGAAGAGGUUAUAAGCUCUAGUUGUUGGAAGAGGUUAUAAGCUCUAGCUGUUGGAAGAGGUUAUAAGCUCUAGUUGUUGGAAGAGGUUAUAAGCUCUAGCUGUUGGAAGAGGUUAUAAGCUCUAGCUGUUGGAAGAGGUUAUAAGCUCUAACUGUUGGAAGAGGUUAUAAGCUCUAGUUGUUGGAAGAGGUUAUAAGCUCUAGUUGUUGGAAGAGGUUAUAAGCUCUAGCUGUUGGAAGAGGUUAUACGCUCUAGUUGUUGGAAGAGGUUAUAAGCUCUAGCUGUUGGAAGAGGUUAUAAGCUCUAACUGUUGGAAGAGGUUAUAAGCUCUAGCUGUUGGAAGAGGUUAUAAGCUCUAGCUCAUCACAUACAGCAGUAUACAGUAUAUGACCAGGAGGGUUUCUAAAGUCUAAUUCAUACCGUACACAAAAACACAACGCAAGAACACAAUUAUUUACUCAAAAUCGCCAUCCUACAUAGUUGCGUCGAGUUACAAACUCCGGAGCUGCGCACAUUUGCGUAUUUUUGCUAUGCAAGUACACAGAACAGCCAUUUUGCAAAUAUGACGGCAUUAUUGUGUACGGUCCACAUCAGGCUCAACAUAGAGACUUGUGACUGGUCCGAAGGAAGAAGAACAGGUAGCAUGCUAGCAGAUACCCAUAGACUUCCAGACAUUGCGCUAACACUUGUUAGCAUUGGCUCACGAAACUACCUCUUAACUUCCUUAACACUGGACACAGAGACAUUAAAAUGCUAUCCAUGAGUUCAUCUGACUCUGGGGAAGUAGAUGAAGGGCCUCAUUGCCAAAAUCCCCAAGUAUCCCUUUAAUAAUAAUAUAUAAAUCAAAACAGACAUGGUAAUGACAAGAAAACGAAUUGGCUGAAAUAGCACCCUGUUCCCUAUAAAGUGCACUACCGCUACUUUAGUGCUCUACUGUGGUCCAAAAUAGUGGGUUAUAUCGUGGAACAGGGUGCCAUUCAGGGACGAAUGAAUUGUUUCUUUAACUGGUCUUCAGACGAGGUGGUUUUUCUUACUUUGCAAUAUAUCAACAAAUAACUUUUGCAGUGUUUUCAACAUCUAUCAUGUCCUAUUGCUCAUCUGUUCAAGACCUCUCCUUUAUGGCUCUAUUUUUUCAGAGAACAAUUCUGGACAUCAAUACAGAAUACAGCUAUAGAAUUCUAGACAUCAAUACAGAAUACAGCUAUAGAAUUCUAGACAUCAAUAUAGAAUACAGCUAUAGAAUUCUAGACAUCAAUACAGAAUACAGCUAUAGAAUUCUAGUCAUUAAUACAGAAUACAGCUAUAGAAUUCUAGUCAUUAAUACAGAAUACAGCUAUAGCUCUGAGUGCUCUGCUUAUUUGUUGGGUUAAGUUUCCCCUAAAUACUGAUUUUGGGCAGUUUUGCUAGCCUGGAUCCCACAUCUCUGUGUUCUCUUGCAGAUGUAACAGAGUGAGCUUCCUAUCCGAACUCCCAGCAGUGUGAGGAAGGAAGCUAUACUGUUAAACAAGCCCCGUGAAACCUGUUACACCUACUCUCCAAUUGCUAACUCUCAUUGUCAAGCCAUUUGUGUGGGAUGGCAAUUGUAUAACGAGUUGGCAAGAGAGCACAAACACACUGGCACCCAGGCUAAUACUUAGUAUAUCACCUAGCCUGGGCACCAGUCUGAUUGUGCUAACAUUCCCACCCCUUGUAGUGUGUUGUCAUAUGUUUGGCUGUGGCGAGGAGUGGUAAUAAUGGCACAAACUGAUCUGGGACCAGACUUACCAAAACACUUUAGAAGUGGGGGACAACCUGCGCCUAUAUUUUUAGUGUGUUUCGGUUCUGAAUCAGUCACAGAUCACUACUCCCUUACAUUGAAAUGUCUUCAAGGUUUUUUGGUUUUGUAUAGUGUGCUCUGUGCUAUCGGUCUAGUCAUGUUGGCUUUUCUCAAUAUAUUAAGCUGAUAUGCAAAGUUGUUUCUCCGUUCUCUUUUUUUUAGAUGAUGGUGGGGUAUUUUACAUCCUUGAAAGGACUUUAAUAGUAAGGAGUUUGAACGCAGUCACAACGAUAAGGAAAUAUGAGGCUCCAGUCAGAAGGAGUGUAAUAUAUAGGGAAUAGGGGAAGAUUUGGGACGCACAAUUACGUUACACACUUAGGUUUGAAAUGUAUUUAAAUACAGAGCUUUUUUUAUAUUUGUAAUUUAUGAAGAGAAAAUCUUUGAUUUCAAGCUGCUUCAUGUGUUUGUGUCUUUUUGUAACGAUGAAAGAUAAACUUUGCGUUUUUCUCCGUUUGUAUAUUUGACGGAACACAGGAACAAUGUAACUGAGGAUGCGUCCAAAAUAGCAACCUAUUCCCUAUGUAGUGCCCUACUUAUGACAGGCUCUGGUCUAAUGUAGGGCACUAAUAUAGGGAAUAGGGUGCCGUUUGGGACACAGUGGGAGAAAGUGACCGAUCAUCAUCUUUACCUCACUGAGGGAAUUUUCAGGGAUUGUUUUGACAAGGCAUCUUCAUACCCGUUCAAUACCCAUUCAAUACCCGUUCAAUACCUGUUCAAUACCUGUUCAAUACCUGUUCAAUACCUGUUCAAUACCUGUUCAAUACCUGUUCAAUACCUGUUCAAUACCCGUUCAAUACCCGUUCAAUACCUGUUCAAUACCUGUUCAAUACCUGUUCAAUACCUGUUCAAUACCUGUUCAAUACCUGUUCAAUACCCGUUCAAUACCUGUUCAAUACCUGUUCAAUACCCAUUCAAUACCUGUUCAAUACCUGUUCAAUACCUGUUUAACGUGUGGAUACAUUUAGAACACGAUGCCAUCUAUAAACGAUGUGUAGAAGACUGUCAACAAGGACGUUGAUACUUCCUGAUGUUAAAGGAUGUUGACCAUAUGUAUUGUAAACAUGUUUAUACGACAAAUAAAUAUUGAAUAAUAAUUUUCUUUAA